AUGGUAGAUAUCCGCCAAUUCUUCGGCGGCGACAAGAAGCCAGCUCCCAAAAAGAGACUCGCUUCAGAAAGAUCCUCAGAGGCAGCGCCUAAAAGGAGCAAGGUUGCACCAGAAACAAAAAGCAAGUACUUCGAGAAUGACAGACUGAAGACACCCAAAUCUACGGGGAGCUCAGCGAAGAGUUCGCCCAAGAAAGAGACCAAGACAUCACCAAAGAAGGCGUCCCCUAAAAAGAAGGCCAAACCAACGUAUGUGAAUCUCGAUUCGGACGCUUCGGACUCUGAAGACGAAUUCAAGCCUGAUGAAGACGAGGAUGACGAUGAGGAUGAUGACUUUGAAGGCAAGGACGAGGAUGAGGAGGAGCAGGAUGAGCACGAACUUGAAGAUGACGACGAGCUCAGCAUACAAGAGAUUGUCCCUGAACCCAAAACAGCGAGACAAAAGCGUAAGAGAUCAGAAUCCCCUCCAGCAACUCCUAAAAAAGCACCCAAAAAGAAGCCUAUAGCACCAGUCAAGACAGAGUCUUCGGAAACUCUUUCAGGCCCUAACGCAGAGGAAAUAUUGGCCCAGAUCCCAAACGCUGAAUUGCCUGAUGAUGUGGAGACCGGCGGUAAGAUCAAUUACUUCCAAUUGAAGAACAAGCAACAGAAUGUGGCUCCGCCAAGUGGGAACAUUGAGCUCCCAGAGGCGGCACCUAAUUGUUUGGGCGGCUUGACUGUAGUUUUCACUGGUGUGUUGCCAAAUCUUGAUAGAGACUCUGCCGAGGCCGUGGCCAAACAGUACGGUGCUCGUGUCACCAAGUCUAUUCUGAAAAAGACAAGCCUUGUGGUGAUUGGAGAGGAGGCAGGUCCCUCUAAAGUAAAGAAGAUCAAGGAGCUUGGCAUCAAGGCCAUUUCUGAGGAUGGCUUUGUGCAGCUUUUGGGCAAGAUGCCCGCUGAAGGAGGAAGUGGCGCCGGCGCAUUGGACGCAAAAUUGAAGCGUGAAGAAGAAGAGCGUAGACUCGCCGAGGAGGCUGCAGAGGCAGAGGAAAAAGAAAAGGCAGAAGAGGAACGCAGAAAAAGGAAGGCUGCUGAAUUAGCCAAGGCGGCUAGAUCACAAGGCAGAGCCCCACCUUCACCCAAGCGAGAGAUUCCCAACAGCGAGAAGUUGUGGACUGUCAAGUACGCACCUACAAGUCUCAGUCAAAUUUGCGGUAACAAAGGCCAGGUGAAGAAGCUUCGUGAUUGGCUCGCAAACUGGCACACGUAUGCAAAGCAAGACUUCAAAAAAGUUGGAGACGGCGGUGGAAUGUUCAGGGCCUGUCUAAUCUCAGGUCCCCCGGGAAUCGGUAAAACAACUGCUGCUUCAUUGGUUGCAAAAGAGCUUGGUUACGACAUUCUCGAAAAGAAUGCGUCCGAUGUGAGGUCCAAGUCAUUGCUUAACCUGACAAUCAAGAAUGUGCUCUCUAACACCUCUGUCAUGGGUUACUUCAUAAACAGAGAUGCCGAAGAGCACAGUGAGAACGAGAGAAAAUUUUGUCUAAUCAUGGACGAAGUUGACGGUAUGUCCAGUGGAGACCAUGGCGGCGCCGGUGCUCUUUCUGCCUUUUGUCGUAUCACCAAAAUGCCUAUUAUUCUCAUUUGCAAUGACAAAUCGCUUCCGAAAAUGAGAACGUUCGACAAGACGACUUAUCAAUUGCCAUUCAGAAGACCAACGGAAAUGGAGGUUAGAUCUAGAUUGAUGACAAUCGCAUUGAGAGAAGGUAUCAAGUUAGAUCCUAGUGUAAUCGGUCAAUUAGUUCAGGCAACCGGCAAUGAUAUUCGUCAGAUGAUCAAUAUGUUGUCAACCGUAUCAAAAACUCAGAAGCACAUUAACCACGAAAAUACCAAAGCCAUUGCAGACAGCUGGAAAAAGCACACCGCGCUCAAACCAUUUGCCAUUACAUCUGAGCUUUUGGGUCACGGCGGUCAUAAGACACUCAAUGAUAAAAUUGAGUUAUACUUCAAUGAUAUCGACUUCACACCAUUAAUGAUUCAAGAAAAUUAUUUGUCCCCCACACCACUGGUUUCAUCAGCAAAGGAGCAUUUGGCAAGAGUGGCCGAAGCGGCCGAUAGCAUCAGCGAAUCUGACCGCAUCAACUCGCUCAUUCGCUCCAGUGAGCAGCAGUGGAGCUUGCUUCCAUUCCAUGCGGUGAUGUCUACAGUCAAGCCUGCAAGCUUAGUACAGGGCCGUUUGACCCAAAUGCCUAUGUUCACGCUUUGGCUUGGACAGAACUCGAAGGCAUUGAAAUACCAGCGCCUUCUUCAGGAAUUGCAAUACCACACUCGUUUGAGAACAUCCACAAGCAAAGACGAGCUUCGGCUUGACUACGUUCCUGCGUUUGAAGAGCGUCUUGCAAAGCCUAUGCUUCAACGUAACGAGGAAGGUAUUAGUGAGGUGAUGGAAGUCAUGGACUACUACUACAUGACUAAAGAGGACUACGACAACAUUUUCGACUUUGGAGUAGGCAACAAUGCCGGCAAACUUCUCCUGAGAAUGCCACCUAAAGUCAAGUCUGCAUUCACUCGUAAGUACAAUGCAGCACAGCACCCUGUGGCCAUUUACAAGACGGGAGACUCGACAAGGGGUCAACCACGCAAGCAGCAGGUGGACUAUGAAGAUGUUAUUGAAGACGACACUGUCAAGGAUGAGGAAGAGCCAGAAAGUACCGAAAGUGAUACGAUCGAUGUAAAGAAGGACAAGCUCAUUAAGGCAGUGAAACCAAAGAAACCUAAGGCGGCCGGAAGCAGCAAGAAGGCUCUGCGCAGCAAGAAGUAA